AUGGAUCCUGCCACUGCAGAAAAUGUUACCGCCAAAAAAUGCGAGCCUGGAGAAGCGGAGUAUUCAGAGGGAGAAUACGAGACAUCAGUUAACCAGGAGAAACAAGAUGACCUGCGUUCUCACAAGGACAGCCUGGCUAACACGGAUGUCCCCUUGAAUUUAAAUGUAGACAAAUCUGGACAUCUGAGGUUAGAGACAAUUGAUGACCUCCAGAAUAUUCUGCAACUGAGGAAGUCAAGAAAGAGAGCGAGAAGAGUACAAGUUCGCAAGCCACCACCCCCACCAGAGACUGUGCCUUAUUAUGUGAAUGAGGAAGAUUUCUUCAAGGCCUGCGAGGAGAACAAACUGCCAUUGAUCGAAAGGUAUCUGGAAAAAUCAGGAGAUAUCAACGCUUGUGACAAUUUCAGACGCACAGGCCUGCACAGAGCUUGCACACAGGGACACGUGGAUGUUGUGAAGAGGCUACUGGAGGCUGGAGCUUCAAUUGAGUACAAAGACAAGCUGGAUGCUACUGCUGUCCACUCUGCCUGCCGAGGAGGAAGCACGUCUGUGUUAGAACUACUGCUCAACAAAGACGGCAGCUUCUCUGCCAGGGAUAAGCUCCGCAGCACUCCCCUUCAUGUUGCAGUGAGAACCGGUCACUAUGAAUGUGCUGAACAACUAGUCCACUGUGGAGCUGACGUCAAUGCCAAAGACAGGGAAGGAGACACUCCCAUGCACGACGCAGUGAGACUGAACAGAUUCAAAAUCAUCCAACUACUCCUGCUUCAUGGAGCCAAUCCAAAACUCAAGAAUUGUGUGGGAAAGUCAGCAUUGGAUAGCGCUCUGGAGUGGCAGAGUGGGGCUAAAUCGAUUCUCAGCAACUUCAAGGAUGAUGCAAAAACUCCUGUCAAGUAAAGUCCUGUUCAAUUAAAUUGCAUUUUAUACAGGUCGGAACUCACUCGGAAUGAGUAGAUAACAGCGAACAAUAGCCCAGUUCCUUUGUGCAAAGUAGUUGUCAAAGUGAUUAUUUAUCUGUUGAUUAAAGACAUACAGCCUCCCAAGGUUUCAUCAUAGAUGAAGAGGCGAAGGGAGAGGAUUUACUCAGCCCAAAAUCUGUCCACGUGAGAUAAGCCCGUCACGCGACUGUCUUGUCAAUAGAUCAUCUUUGGUUUCAUUUACGCUAGGCUGAAUUCAAGGACCGGAGUCAAUUUAUGCGAACUAGCAGAGGUUUGGUCUGGACCUUUGAGCUAACUGCAUUUGCUCCCAGGGAUGUUUGUUUCUUUAUAGGCAGCUUAUUGGAAGUCUGAAAUGAUAAAG